AUGAACAUACCUGCAACGGAAUGCCAUAGCUCCAAAAGAACCAGAUUUCUCAUCUGGGGUGGUGGGGGUUGGAUUGCAGGCCAUCUGGAGAAAAUUCUAAAGGAUCAAGGCAGAGAAGUAUUCACGACCACUGUCCGUAUGGAAGAUCGUGAGAAUGUUAAGGAAGAGCUGGAUAGGAUCAAACCUACCCAUGUUUUGAACUGUGCUGGUUGCACCGGUCGCCCCAAUGUCGAUUGGUGCGAAGAUCAUAAGGAGAUGACGAUACGUUCCAAUGCCACCGGGACCUUGAAUCUAGCAGAUUGCUGUUUUAUCGCUGGAAUCCACUGCACCGUGUUCGCCACUGGCUGCAUUUAUCAUUACGACGAUACCCAUCCCAUUGGAGGCCCUGGAUAUAAAGAGACAGACCCGGCCAAUUUCACCGGUAGUUUCUAUUCCGAGAUCAAGGGCCAUGUCGAACAGAUCAUAAAAUACUAUACGAAUUGUCUCGUCCUCCGCUUGCGUAUGCCGGUGUCAGAUGAUCUACACCCGCGCAGCUUUGUUACGAAGAUUAGCAGGUAUGAGCGUGUGGUCGACAUCCCGAAUAGCAAUACGAUCUUGGCUGAUCUUCUGCCGGCAUCUAUACUGAUGGCUGAACAUAACGAUACUGGAGUUUAUAAUUUCACCAACCCGGGAGCUAUCAGCCAUAACGAGGUGCUGUCACUCUUCAAGGAAAUCAUUCGUCCAGAUUUCACGUGGAAGAACUUUAGCGUAGAGGAACAGGCCAAGGUGCUCAAGGCCGGGCGCAGCAACUGCUUGUUGGAGACGACGAAGUUGGAAAAGAAGCUGGAAGAAUAUAACUACUCGGUGCUUGAGGUUCAUGAGGCUUAUAGACGGUGCUUUGAGAGGAUGAAAGCUGCAGGGGUUAAAUAA